UAUACAGAAAGAGAACGCGAGCGAGAAAGAGACUCAGGAAGUCGACAGGGGAAGUUUAGUGGUUUCUUGCGUCAUUGCUUGCUGCUGCUUGGUUGUGCCGGUGCAGAGUGAAGAGUGCCACAAAGACAGCAUGACCUAGCACAAUGCCUUAAAACACAGCUCAUUAUAUCACAGUAUAUAGCAUUGCACAUCACAGAGUGGAACAAUAAAACUUAAUAAAAUGCAAUGAAGAAACCACAUUGUUGCAUAUUAACAGUAUAUUGUAAAUGUAUAUGAGCACCUCAUGGUCACGUUACCAUUAACCAAGUUAUACAGAAAAUACAUAUAUCAGACACACAAACACACAGGGCUGGAUGUGCGAGAGGUUGAGGCAGGAGAAAAGAAGAGAUGCGGAGACUCCGGAGAAAAGGAGGGAACAAUGAGAAGGUGUUUGGCUGUGACCUGUUGGACCACUUGUCCACUACCUGUCAGGAGAUUCCCCAGGUGCUGCGAAGCUGCAGUGAAUUCAUUGAGGAGCAUGGGGUGGUAGAUGGGAUCUACAGGCUAUCUGGGGUGUCAUCCAACACACAGAAACUAAGGGGUGAGUUUGACAGUGAGGGGACCCCGGAUCUCAAUAAGGAUGUGUACCUGCAGGACAUUCACUGUGUCAGCUCUGUCUGCAAGGCCUACUUCAGAGAGUUGCCCAAUCCCCUCCUCACAUACCAGCUCUAUGACAAAUAUGCUGAAGCUGUGGCGAUUCAGUUGGAGGAGGAGAGGCUGGUUAAGAUUAAGGAUGUGCUGAAAGAGUUACCCGCUCCCCAUUACAAAACUCUGGAGUUCCUGAUGCGCCACCUUGUCAAGAUGGCUUCUCACUCCUCACACACCAAUAUGCAUUCCCGGAACCUCGCCAUUGUUUGGGCUCCGAACCUUCUCAGGUCAAAGGACAUUGAGGCGUCAGGGUUUAACGGUACAGCAGCCUUUAUGGAGGUGAGGGUCCAGUCUAUCGUGGUGGAAUUCAUCCUCACCCACGUGCCCCAGCUGUUUCCUGAUUCAGGUAUUACGGAGCGCCGGAAGUCACUCCCAUCUCCCUCUAUACACAAUCCAGAGGAACCUUUCUUCCGGGCCAUUCCAUUCCAGUUAGGCAACAUCAGUCCAGGGGACGGUCCCCCUGCCAUGCGUUCCUACCACGCCAUCAUAGACGGGACAGACAAGAGGAAGGGAUCUCUUAAGGGCAGGAAGUGGAAGUCCAUCUUCAAUUUAGGAGGCAGACUCCAUGACCCGAGACGGAGGAACAAGAACUCGGCCAAAGAAAAAGAGAGAACUGUCUUGAGGCCAGCGAAGAGCAUGGAUUCCCUGAGCUCUGUGCCCUAUCCGCAUGAAGGUUCCAGACAACGACCCCCUUCCACUGUGAUGUCCCCCUUGGCUCAGCCCUCUCCCUGUACCCAGGGGGGUGCGGAGGGAGGGGCAUCCAGUAGUGGUGGUGAUAUGGGCAGCGGGUAUGCUGUGACCUACCGGAGGGGUCAGGGGGCUAGUGUGAGUGUAGUGAGCGGGGGCGGGGGAACACAGGGCAUAUACAGUCGACUGGACAGUCACUGUGGUGGGGGCAACAGCACUGAGGCUCUGCAACCCCCAUCCAGAUCCCCAGGACUCUCCAGCAAAGCCGACCGGCGGGCAGGGAUCCACAUCUCCGGACCUUUCUCGGUCACAGUACCCCUUCACAUCACAUCAGGCCUGGCCUUUGGGGUGCUGCAGGGGGGUGGAGCGGACAGGGGCAACCAUAGAGGAGGACAGGAGAGUGGAGAUAAAGGAGAGGGUGGAGAGGGUGACAGACGGAAGGGAAGGGAGGGGGAGAGACAGAAGGCAAGGGAGGGUGACAGACAGGAGGCAAGGGAGGGUGACAGGCAGGAGGGAGGGGAAGGGGAAAGGCACAUCCGAGUAGAAGUUAAGAGGGAGGACAAGACUGACCUAGGCAAGAGAAGAGAUGAAGAGGUAACAGGGGAGAGGAGAGGUGAGGCAGAGGAAGAUAAAGUUGAAGAAAAAUGGGGAAGAGGAGAAGAGGAGAGAGAAGAGGAUGUGAAUGGGGACUGUGUAUCUAAGCCAUCAGAAGAGAGCAUUGAAGAGAGUCAGGUUCAGGGUGAGGGUGGAGAAGGGGAUGCAGAAAACCAUGACAACGAUGAGGAUGAAGAGGGAGAAUACAUGGAUAUGAAAGGCUCUGUGCAGACUGCCCUGGAUGCCCCAGAUAUGUCAGGUGUCAGAAAUGAAGUAGUUGCCAUAGAUUUGCCAUUUCCUCUGAUGGAGGAGGACGAUGAACAAGACCAGGACUGUCCACUGGACUUUCAGGAUACUUUUGGAUUCCUUGACCUUAUGGACAGCAGUGUCUCCAGCCAGAUGUUCCAAGAGUUCUCAGUGGAGCCUCAUCAUGGGGAUGAUGAGUAUGAAGACGAGGUGGAGCAUAGAUCCCCAGGACUCUCACAUGACAGACCAGACCCUGUCACACGGCCACCUGUAGACGCACAGACACAAAUACAGACACAAACGCCCAUACACAGGCCUCUAAGCAUAGAUCAGUAUGGGCGAGCCAACAAGUCAAUGAGUCUGCCUUACAUGUCCCGGCCCUUCCUGCCUGCUCUGUCUUCCUCCUCUGAAGAAGAAGAAGAAGAAGAGGAGGAUGAAGAAGGUGAUGAUUACGACAAAGAAGAUGAGGAGGAUGAUGAUGACAUGUUCUGUCAAAGUCUACCUUCUAGUUUGGUGUUCAACAGACUGACAUGGAGUGGACCUCAGACUGACUUGGAGAACAGUUUGUCCCCAGCCCCUGUGCCCUCACAACCACUGGACGGUGCCUCUGAUGACAGACCAAUUCCUAGUUCUGAGGCCAGAAUUCCCCCUGAGCACUUGGACAUUGAUUCCCCUGACUGCUGUCACCAAUCAGUGGAGGUUUUGAAGUAUAGCAAAGCUGAAGAAAAGAAUAGUUUGGAAGCGAUGAAACUGGUGGAGGAGGAGGAUGCAGAACAGGAUCGAGACAGCCAGGAGAAAAACCAGGCAGACACCCUGACCAAUACUUGCACAGAAAGAUCACCUUCACUUUGCAGCACUGACAUAGAAGAAAGUUGUCACUUGGUUGAAACCAGCAUCAUGGAGGAAGAGGAAACUCCAGAUGACAUUGAGAAGAGCCACACUUCAGCAUCCGCAUCAACUGACUGUGAGGAGGCCUCACUGCAGACCACUAGAGUUCAUCUGAAGCUCAAAGACGAGGAAGAGGUCCUGAAGAGUCAAUGUCCUGAAGAAGGUGUGAUUCCAGAGGGUUAUAAUGGUGAUACAGUGAGCGAAGUCGAGGCAGAAAACCCACAAGAGCAUUUACUCACGGCCUGUCUUAUUGUUUCCUGUGCUGAAGAGCCAGAGAACAUAGUCAAUGAGCGAUCAGAGGAGGUUUCUAGAGAUUCAGCUGGGGAUGUAAAAGAGCGUCCUGAAAAAAGUGCUAAGAGGGAGAGAGCGGGAGAGAAGGAAAAUGGAGAGGAGAAGAAGGUAGAGGAAGUGAUGGAGGAAAGAGAUGAUAGAAACGGGGGAGGAUGGGACAAACAAGAGGGAGAAGAAACAGCAUGUGAGAGCGAGGGAGAUAUGGGCAAAAGAGAGGAGAGAGAGGUAUUAAAGGAAUUGGAAAAAACAGAAGAAAAUUAUGUGGGGGUUAGGGUGGGAGUGGAGAAGGAACAAGGAGGAAUGAUUGAAGAAGAGGAUGACAGGAUAGCAGGUGAUGAAAGGGAAGUAGGAGAAGAGGACACAAAGCAGGAAGAGGUCAUUUAUGAAGAGAUGAUGAGCAUAGUAGUGAGGGAUGACAUGAUGGAAAGUGGAGAGAGGAAGGAUAGGGAAGGAGAGACUGAGGGAAGUACAUUUAUAGAGGAGGUGAUAGAAACCAAAGAAGAUGGAGAGAUGAUUGGAGUACAACAGAAAGAGAUCAUGAAAGAGAUAGAUGAGAGUAAGGCAAGUGAAGAGAUGAGUGCAAAAGAAGAGGCGAAAAAAGCGGUGGAAGGAGUGGAUCCCAUGGGAGAGACUGAGGAAGAGGCAGCUGAAGGAGUGGAUAACAUGGGAGAGACUGAGGAAGAGGCAGCUGAAGGAGUGGAUCCCAUGGGAGAGACUGAGGAAGAGGCAGCUGAAGGAGUGGAUAACAUGGGAGAGACUGAGGAAGAGGCAGCUGAAGGAGUGGAUAACAUGGGAGAGACUGAGGAAGAGGCAGCUGAAGGAGUGGAUACCAUGGGAGAGACUGAGGAAGAGGCAGCUGAAGGAGUGGAUACCAUGGGAGAGACUGAGGAAGAGGCAGCUGAAGAGAGGGUGGAAGGUGUGGAUACCAUGGGAGAGACUGAGGAAGAGGCAGCUGAAGAGAGGGUGGAAGGUGUGGAUACCAUGGGAGAGACUGAGGAAGAGGCAGCUGAAGAGAGGGUGGAAGGUGUGGAUACCAUGGGAGAGACUGAGGAAGAGGCAGCUGAAGAGAGGGUAGAAAAGAUGUCGAUUGAUAAUGAGAAACAGGAUCUAGAGGCACAGCACGUUUUAGAGAGAAGACAAAGAGAUAUAGAUCUUAUAAAGGAUGUUGUGGGAGAGGGAUAUGAAGAGGGAGAGAAAGAGAUGGAAGUGGGAGAUGUAAUCUGGGAGGAAGAAGGAGAUAGUAUACGUGUGGUCCAACGGGAGACAGAUGAGGAGAAGAAGAAGAAGAAAGGAGAGACGAAAGGUCAACUAAAGACACCAACAAUAGAGGAAAGAGAAGAAGAACUGAAAGAGAUCCAGAUAAAUAACAACAAAAAAUAUGAGGGAGAAAACGAAGCGAUGGAUAGUAAAGUGGGGUCUGAAAAAGGGGUGGGGAGAGUGCUGGUCGUGUCUAAACAACAAACACCCCCUAAAGUGUAUCAAGCAAGAUCAGUGCCAGUGGUACCACCCAAGCCCCAUCACUGCCGAAUAACUGCACUGAACCUCAGACAACAGCAGCACCAGAGGGAGAGGAGAGAGACAGACAGAGACAGUGGAAAGGGAAAGGUACACAGGACUUUGGGACAGCAAGAUAAGGAGAGAAAGAUGGAAGGAAAGCCAGAGCAUGACAAAGUCAUCGAGACAGAACGAGGGUGGAAUGAGGAUGGGGAAGAUGAGGGCACAGGCAAAAAGGAGGCACAGAGUGGGGGGGUGAGGGAGAGGAGGAGAGAUGUGGAUGAGGGGGGAGUGAAAGACAUGAUGAAGAACAGUCCAGUCAGUAUGUGUUUUGAUGAAGCUGUUGCCAUGGGAAUCAAGAGAGGGAGAGAGAAAGAGGGCAGUGAAAGGGAGAAAAAAAAAGAGAGAGGAUAUGAAGUACAAUAAAGAGAAAGAGGUGGACAUAAAAGCCAGUAAAUGUUAUAGUCAUUGACUUUGUCUGGAUGGUUAGUAUACAAACGUAUCAUUUAUAUAUAGUUAUAUUUUCCAUACUGCCUGUAUUAUUCAGCCUGGGCCUAGAACCCCGUCCCACUAAUAUUCAGGGCUACUCAGAAAACUGAUCCUCCGCAGACUCCCCCCUCCCCUCCAUCUGUAAAUAUCCUCCUUUGUUGUUGCUAUUUUCAACCUAUUAAACUAACUUGCAAUUUUAACUUGGUUUCAAUCUACAAAGAGUUGUAAAUUUACACCCAAGUAUGUCAAUCUCAGGUAUCACAUCUCAUGCAAAACCAUAGGUAUUGUGAGCAAGAAAAUUGUAUAACUUCUUAUGAGCAAUGGCUAGAGAUGUCAUUAUUUGUACCAAUUCCAUAAACCAAUGCAUUUUCUGUUUUUAAUUCAUUUUUGUGAAUAAAUUUAUUCUGCAGACAAAAAUAA